GCGAUGAGUGAAACCGCCGACUAGAAGGCAAUAGCUUUUUCGUUGAUAUCGGAAGAAUGGUGAUUUUCGAGAAGCGGAGAGUUCUAUGCAAGAACGAGUUCGUAAACUCUUUCGGCCUUAUUUCAAAUUUUGUCGAAAAGGCAUGACAUUAUCCCUUAUUUUCCCCCAUCAUAAUGAACUUUUUUCUUCUAAGAUAUCCAUGAAAUUCGUCGAUAUGAUCGGAUGUCGCACUUCUGAGCCGAUGGGACUGUUGAUCGGAGAGACAACUUGAUAUGGCUCUGGCUAUGGUUGCGUAGGACGACUGGGCAGCGCGAACUGGUCUCAGUGGUACGGAUCGAGAGAUAUGUCGAACGGUUGGUACAGCGCGGGUUGGCCGCAAUUGUGGCCUGUGGACCGAUUACGCCCGGAGGCGAGUACCUGCUUCCUAGCUGCGGUCACCGAGGGCCACUGGCUGUGACCUGGGGCGGUCCUUUGGCUGAUCACCUGCCGAUAUCGGUCGCCGCUCGGCGCGGCGUCCGGCUGCGCUGGCCCCGCCCCCGCCGCGCCGGCCGGGGGCUCGCCAGCCGCCGCCGGGAAGGGUUGAGGCGUGCACGGGCGGCACGGGGCCCGCGCUCGGCCAAUCGGCGGACGCUGGCGGCGCGCCCGUUUCAUAAGGCCACGCGGGUGCCGGCCGCGGAGCCAGUGCUGCGGCGCGUUCGGUGCACGCGCCACUCUCCGCCGCCGUCGGUCGGCCGUCCCCGCGAGCAUGGCUCCGUCCCGCCGCUGUCUGCCGGCGCCGCCGCUGCUGCUGGCCGCGCUGCUGCUCGCCCUGACGCCGACGGUGCGGGCCAAGGUGCCGCGGCCGGUGCAGCCGGACCAGGGCACCUCCCCGGCCAGCUGCCAGCACUGCCACGUUCGCGAGGCCCAGAAGCAGCUCCAAGUGGAAUCCAUCAAGGCGCAGAUCCUGCAGAAGCUGGGCAUGGAGCAGGCGCCCAACAUGACGGGCCGCAAGCUGCCGGUGGUGUCGGAGGCGCUGAUUCAGGCGUACAUGCAGCCGCGCGACGACGUCGCCGGCGACGGCAGCCAGCACGACCAGGAGUUCAUGGCCUACGAGAGCGACGACGACCACUCGCAGCUGGAGAAGAUGUGGACCUUCUCGUCGCGAUCCCCGCUGGCGGUGGGUAACGGCGCUCUGGCCCAGGACGAGCUGCGAGACCAGCUGCUCUACUUCGACCUCUCUCCCAGCAUCACAGAAAUGGACCUGCAGAACGCCACACUCUGGCUCUUUGUUCGCAAGCGGCAUCGCGACAUAAAAGUCAAAAUCCACAAGCUCGUCUCGGACGAGCGCGGCAACUACAUCCAAAAGGAGGCGAUGCGCACCUACAUCAAACGGCGGCAUGGCCAGGCGUCCGGCUACGAGACGAUAGACGUGAAGAACCUGGUGCUGGACUGGUUCAGGGACCCGCAGCAGAACUUCGGCAUCCGCAUCGAGACGUCGUCGAAUGGCACCACCCGGGGCCUGUCGGUCAACAGCUUCCUGGACGUCGAUGGCGACGAUAUUGACCUGCUGCCCGUGCUGGAGGUACAUGUCAGCUCCGACCGACGGCGCACCAAGCGCACGACGGGCGGCAACUUCUGCACGGACAACAGCACCGAGACCAACUGCUGCCGCUUCCCACUGGUGGUCGACUUCCACGCGUUCGGCUGGGACUGGAUCAUCGCGCCGAGCUCCUACCACGCCAACUACUGCUCGGGCAACUGUCCGUACGUGUACCUGCAGAAAUACCCGCACACGCACAUCGUACAGCAGGUGGGCGGCACCAGUGGCCCGUGCUGCGGACCGCGCAAACUGUCGCCCAUCCACAUGCUCUACUGGGACACCUUCAGCCACAUCAGGUUCGACAAGCUGCCCAACAUGAUAGUGGAUAGCUGCGGCUGCCACUAGCCGGCGGCGCCCGGUCAGAGAGCCAGCCGCGGCCCUGCCCCGGCGGGCGCCGCGGCCCCGUGCCAUGUACAAAGGGGCGCGCGCUGCCGACGGCACGGUGCGCCCGGCCGCCACGGCGGCGCGCCGACCCCAUUGCUGUGAUAGGUCGCCGGGAGCCGUCUGCCGCCGCGCCGCGCCCUGCAGCGCGCCGGCCGGCCGGUCAAGGUCCCCCAAACUGCGCACACACACUGACCACACCUGCCAGCAGACAUAUACACACACAUACACACACUGGCUCGCGCGUGGCACGUGGCGCGUGGCCGGCGCGCGACGCCCGGACACAUCGACGCCCAAAUAUUAUGCACAUAAGUGCGGCCAGCUCGAUGUUUGUGCGGCGUCGGCCGGUGACUGGAUAGUCGAACUGGCCAAUGUGUUAUGGGCUGGUAUCUGCCGCGGCCCGGCCGGCCGAGCGCCAGGGAACACCGUGAGGUGGGACCGGCGGCAGCGGGAGGACAGGGAGAGAGCCGCGCGGUCAGUGCUGAUCCCCGGGAGGAGAUAAACUGUCUCAGUGUCUGCUGAUGUGGAAAGGGAGCCGUCCUGUCUCAGUCUUUGCCGACACUGGGGAGGGAACGGUACGGGCUAGGUGUCUGUCGCCCGGGAAGGAUCUUUGACCGACGCGGAAGGGUAGUCGUCGGCCAUCGGGGUCGACGGUCGUCGGCCAUCGGGGUCGACGCGUGUUCUUGCCAGAGUGAAACGUGGAACGGAGGGCGUCGGGGCGUCUUUCUAGCUGCUCCCGUAAUGUGUGUUGAUGUAUGUGUGUGUGUGUGUGUUAGUGCGUUUGGAGAAAGGAUGGCGGCGCUUCGAGCUGAAGCCGCUUGUGUGUGCGUGUGCGCGAGUCUGCUCGCUUAUGGCGAGAAAAGUGGCCGGUUUAUUUUAGGUUAAUGACGGCGCGAGCAUUGGUGGGCAGUGUUUCUGCUCACAUACACGCCAAUAUUUUAACCGUAAUUUAUUGAGUGUUGUAGAAAAUACGUCAACACUUGAGCGUAGCGUAUGCAUGUCACUUGUUCCGUGUUAAAUGUGUGUGCUGAGAUACACUCUGAACGCCCGAGUCAGAGUGCCGUGCCGAUCAGAGAUUGGGUACGCCGUUUGUGAGUGCCAGCGUGAGUGACAGGGCGGAAGGCGACUCAGGUUCAGACGUCUUUUCAUUUUGCGAGCGUGAUGUUUCGCUGCUGCGCCGCGGUGCUCUUUCAUUUUCUUGUACAACUGGACCUACUCUGUGCGAAAGUAGUGAAUGUCCUGCGUUUGCGACACUCGUGUCCAGCUGCGCCGGUCCACACUGUCUAGCGGGCCGGAACCGGUAGGGGGAGCUGCGGGCGGCCGUCCGCUCCGCUCCACCGACACAGGUCUGUCCACCCGCGGUGGAACUCCACUUCAGUGUGUGGCCGGACCACUGUCCACUGAUACUCCGCGCGCGCCCGGCGCAUCCCCUCGUCCCUAGUCCCGCCUCUCGUGACCCUGAGGGUCUAUAUCACGUCCUACGCCCGUCCUGUAUCCAAUAUCCCUCAUUGGAUAUACUCGUAUAUAUCCUGCUUACAUCUGUGUUCUUUAUCACACUACGACACCCUCCUGUUUCUAUUUUCCCUGCAUUAUCCUCCCCUAUCCAGUACAUCCUUUCAUCCAACCUCCCUUGCUAACUCCCGCAAAAUUCCCUCAUCUCGUAUCUUCGUGUUCUCUCGCCCUCCUCCUCCCCCCGAGUGUGGUGCUCCGCCGGGUGUGUUCCGGACCGUUCUUCCCGAUAUAGCUACGCCACAGUGUUCUUUACUGGCGACCAUUAUACAUCAUCUGUGAACAUUCUUGUAAUAAACGAUCUCCAACACAAA